AUGGAAUACGAGAGGGUGCACAAAGUUCAGACUGGUAUAAUAUCUCCAAGUAAGUUGAGGAUGAAGCUAAUGGGACCUCACCAUCAGAGGGAAAAGGGUGGAUCAAAUAGUAAUUCUUCAAGAACAUCUCCUGCCAGGAUUGAGGAUUCAGAAUUUUUGAAGAACCGGUUAUUGGCCACCAGAAGUGGAUGUUUUGAGGAGGAAGCUUCAGGUUUAGAAGUUCCACCGAUAAAAUACAGUAGUUCAGUGUUAGCUGCAAGCCAACGUGAUGGUAAUUUUCUGCAACCAAAGGAACUCAUGCUGAGGGAAAAUGAGGAUGUGGGCAGCAUCAAAAUGCAGCUAGUUUCAGUGGGCAAUGGCAGUAAUUUAUGUUCAUUACAACCUAUGAGGACAUAUGAAGAUGAGAUUCUUGAUUAUGACAGUACUUCAAGCUUUGAGUUUCAUAAAGGGGAGAGAUCACUGCACCAUCCUGCGAAUAGAUCAUUCUCAAGGCCUUUGCCAUCCAAGUGGAAUGAUGCUGAGAAAUGGAUUAUGAAUAGGCAAAAUAUUCAAUUUAAUAACUCGAAGAAGACCAACAUGCACAAUCAAGUGAACCGGGUAUCAGCUGCUAACAUAGUGAGAGUUGCCCCAGAGUCCACUAGUUCUGAAAAUAAGUUAUCUAUUGAGCGUGUUGAUUUCUGUCAGCCUGCAUUACAGACAGGGGCAUGGAAGUCUGCUUUUGCUUCUCAAGAAGCUCAACCCAUUUCAGGUCAAGGAAAUGGAGUGAAUGCAUUAAUCGAUUUGUGCCCUGAAAGCAAGGAUUUGAUGGAGGUGGAAACCAUGGGUUCAUCUUGCCCAAAGACCAUGACAGAAGAUACUACAGGCGUUCCUGCCCCAAGAUCAGUUUCAAUGAGAGACAUGGGAACAGAAAUGACUCCAAUUCCAAGUCAAGAGCCUUCAAGGACUGCUACUCCUGUAGGUUCCACAACCCCUUUUCGUAGCCCAACUUCUUCUAUGCCAUCCACUCCUCGAAGAGGAAAGCCAGCACUCUCCCUGAUACAGCACUCUGUUGAAAAUUCAUUGAAACUUUCAGCUGAAAAAGGGAAAACAGAAUUGUCUGAUCAAGAUCAAAAGCUCAAGACAAGAAGAGAAAUCGUAGCCCUUGGUGUCCAACUUGGUAAGAUGAAUAUUGCUGCUUGGGCAAGUAAGGAUGAGAAAGAGAAAGGUAAUUCUAGAAAUGAAACCAUCGAUUCUAACGAUCUUGGAGGGAUGGAAUAUGAAAACCGGGCAGCUGCAUGGGAAGAAGCUGAGAAAUCCAAACAUGCUGCCAGGUUUAAACGAGAAGAAAUAAAAAUCCAAGCAUGGGAAAGUCGACAGAAGGCAAAGCUUGAAGCUGAGAUGAGGAAAAUAGAGGCCAAAAUUGAGCAAAUGAGAGCACAAGCUCAAGCAAAGAUGGUGAAGAAGAUCGGUAUGGCAACGCAAAAAUCAGAGGAAAUGCGUGCUGCUGCAGAAGCUAGAAAAAAUCGCCAGGCUGAAAAAACUGCUGCAAAUGUAGAGUACAUUCGCCAAACAGGUCGAAUUCCAUGCUCCCCUUUUAGUUCUUGUGAUUGGUUAUAA